CCAUCGCGUGGCUUGACACACCCGCCUUUUGAAACCGAGAAGCCUGCGUCCAGCCCUCUCUGACCUUCUCUUAGACUCCCUUAGACUACUCUUAGUACACCAAACUUACCACGAUCGUCAUCCUCAACACUGCUUCACCUCCUGCUCAUUUUUGGUCUUGAAAGCCCAGGCUCUGGCCCUUCCCCAAAUUCUACGAUCUCAUUCGCAGACCUUCAAGCAUCCGUGUCUUACAGACGAUCAUCGGCAUCCUUUCCCAACACCGCUCUUUCUUUUCUUUUUUGGCUUUUCUCCCCACACCAUCCUACGGACCUACGGCCCUAUAGAGACCAACCUGCUAAAAAAAAAAAAGGGGGGGGGGAACUAAAAACGAAACCGGAUAUCUAGGUAGCUCGAUUGCAGAUCCAAGGCGCGGCUAAGCUCAAACCAACUUCAUCGUCACCUUGCUCGUCAGUUUAAAAAUCUUGACAACCCCCGCUCUCCCUGGGCCUCCUCUUUUCAAUAUGUCUUCUGCCCAAGACGAGUUCAAUCGGCUUUUCAGUCACCAAGAGAAACUCUCCUCCCACCCCGAGGACCGUGACAACGGCUCAGACAUCGAUUCUAUCCCCUCCGAUCACGAUCUCGACGACCCCCCGCACUACUCCGACUCCGAAGAUCACAACCCAGCCAUGGGCUCUCGCACCGCAACCUACCACAUCCCCAACACCCGAUUCGACGCUAACACAGGCCCCAAAGGUGUCAUCGCUGAUGCUCAAGCAUUCGAGCGUGCUCGGAAAAGCACAUUCCGCAAGACCUGGCUCGCUGGCACGGGUGGCAGCGGUGCUGGUGUAGGCCGCUCCCACACCUCUUCCAAGUCCGUCACCGAUUCCGCUACGCUGCUCUACAACUCCUCAUCCCCAGAUGGCUCUGCUACCGAUGAAGACGAGGAGCGUUUCAUGCGUCACUGGCGAGAGUCGCGCAUGCAGGAAUUACAGAACCAAAGACAAAGACGGCCUAGUCCUUGGAGGAAAGCGUACGGAUCCGUGGACACUGUUGAUGCGGUUGGGUACUUAGAUGCGAUUGAGAAGGUCCCGUCGGACCAGGUGGUGGUGGUUUGCGUUUAUGACCCCGAGUCUGCAGCAAGCUCUCUUGUUGAAGAUUGCCUAAGAACAAUUGCUCAACGGCAGCCCGCUGUGCGGUUCAUUAAGCUGCAUCAUGAAAUCGCAGAGAUGGAUCAUAUCCAAGCUCCUGCGUUGUUAGCAUACCGGGACGGUGACGUCUUUUCGACAAUUGUCGAUAUUCCUCAACAGAUUCCAAAGGGUCGAAGCUGCACUGCAGAUACUCUAGAGGAUUUGCUCAAGACGCACCGAGUACUCUGAACAUGAUGAUGUCUACUACAAGAGAUAACAAAGAAAGAAUACAAGAAUACAGCAUAUACAUCCAUACCUACCCACCUACCUCUCUAUCUACCUCUCUACCUACCUACCUCUUGUGUUCUCCCACUCGAUGUUCCAGCUACGGCUUCCUUCUACACCUACCCUACUCAAAAAUAUCCAUGAUGUAUAUCCCAAAUACCAAGGUUACUCACUCGUUCCGGCCUAGUCUACCCCAAUUUACUACCUAUCUUAUUUUAUCGAUUUGGACCGGAACUAUCGGCGCAUUCCAUAGACAUUGCUUCGCUUUCCUUUUCUUGCCUGUCUUGUUUCUCAUCUCUAUUUACUUUUGAUUUAGGUGUUCAGGUUCAGUUGGUCUAAGAUUAAGAUGCAUUCUCUCGAAGAUAUCCAACGUGGUUCUUUUUUUUGUCUUUUGCCCCCCC